AUGGUCUCAAAUACCGAUGACGGCCCUGAAAAUUCAGACCUAAGGCGACUCAAUUCAAACUUUUCGUGGCGUCCCAGUAACCGAGUACCAAGCCUCAAUAGACGAUCGACACUUGCCGAAAGGACCCAGGGACAGUUUACGGUCGCAGGGCCAGACGACACAAGUAACUUGCGACAAUCCCAAGAGCCCUUUGUGCAACCUGGAUACGCCGAACUGAACCCAUCCUAUGAUCAACCACAGAAUGCGAAGCCAGUAUGGAGUUUGGCCAAACCUCUCCCGCGUGUGGUGCGGCCAGGGAUGGUGCCUACGAAAGAGGAGUUGAUACAGAACCGCCAAAAAGCUCAAUUACCGGCCGAGAACUCUCAAAAGCAAGGCCUCGACGUGGACCCAAACGAGUUGGAGCAAGGUCGAGUUGAUGUAAAUGUCGAUCCGCGCAAGAUAGCGGCCCAAGUUGAGGAUGCAAGAAUACAGCGUGAGGAGAACCUAGUGAGCAAAGUCCUGGCAGGUGGUGAAGGGCUUUCUCGGAGGCCAUCACGUAUUUCUAGAACCUCCACCAGCCGUGAGAGAAGACCAUCCAACUGGGAGAUCCCUGAAGAUCACUUAGCUACUGUUCCCGAGGCCGUGACGCCAUUCGAGACAGACGGCCCGGGGCAACACCAGCAGGAUUACCUUGGGGAAUACCCUUUCCAUCAUGUAUCAGAAGAACAUCCACUUCCGGACGCAGGAUUGACUGGAGAUGCAACAACCCAACCAGUUGAUUCCGGCCUUGGUGACAUCCUUGAAUCGGUGUACCCGAAUGACUUGCAUCCCCUUGUGCAAGACCUCGUGGAAAAGGAAGUGCACAACAACCACACUGCAUGGUCUGUCAUUCGAACAUAUCAUAGAGAAGCCUUGGCUGAGUCCUUGGCUGUCUUUGUUCAGCUUACCAUCGGCUUUUGUGCGGAUCUCGCAGUCACUCUGGCCACGACGCCUAGCCCAAACACAACAGCCUGGUGCUGGGGUUUGGCGACAAUGAUGGCCAUCUAUAUAUCCGGUGGUGUCUCUGGUGCCCACCUCAACCCAGCUAUCACCAUAAUGCUCUGGUUCUACAGAGGAUUUCCCAAGCGUAAGAUGCCAGAGUACUUUCUAGCGCAGUUCAUCGGUGCAUUCUGUGCUGGCCUUGUUACAUAUGGCGUAUACUACGCCUCGAUACGCGAGUAUCUCAUUGCAAACUCAAACGUCGGCAUCAUCAACAGCUUUGUGACGAGUCAGCGACUCCACUGGAUUGACGCGGCGACAGCCUUUUUUAAUGAAUUUGUCGGAACUGUGCUCCUCGGCAUCACGAUUCUCGCCCUGGGUGACGAUCAAAACGCACCGCCUGGAGCGGGCAUGAACUCCCUUAUUAUUGGUUUGGUCAUUACCUGUCUGAGCAUGACUUUCUCCUAUCAAACUGGUGCUGCCCUGAAUCCAAGUCGUGAUUUUGGUCCACGGUUGGCUCUGCUGGCCGUUGGGUAUUCUGGCGAUGACCUUUUCAAGAACGCAUACUGGUUUUAUGGCCCCUGGGCCGGUGCCAUAGGCGGCGCCAUGGUUGGAGGGCUGUUGUAUGACUUUAUGAUCUUCACUGGUGGAGAGUCUCCUAUCAAUUAUCCCCUUGAAAGGACGCAGCGGGCUAUGGUGAAAAGUGGCAGGAAGUGGAAAGGGAGAUAUCAGCGGGUUAAAAAGGUUCGGCUUUUUUCACGCCGGCCAAAGGUUUCCGGAUAG